AUGGAGCAAGAAUUAAUAUCUCUUUUUAGAUUGUCACAACCUCAAAGGGCAAUAUUUUUAAGUCCUUCUCCAAGAAUUGACUUUCCACCUUUACCACAUCUUACUCCUGAGAUGGCCGAGUUUGCCUUUGCCUACCAUAAUAACAUCUUUCAAUGGAAUAUAAUGCAGAUAUAUAAUUGA